CUUCAGUUACAACUUGUAAUUCCACACAUAAAAAAAUAGGUCGGAGCCAGCGGCGGCGGCGGAAGGCGAUCGAGGAACCCUAACCUAGAAGUUGGAAGAAUCCCUAAAGCGAGACGAGGCGAGGAUCAGAAUCAGAAGAGAGCGAGAACGGCCAUGGCAGCGGCGAUUCGGUAUGCGUCGAGGAGGUUGGUUAGCUACGUGCUCCAGCGAACCCAAACAGAGUUGCCAAGGAGGCUCAUCCACAGCGGUCCGCCGCCUGCAGCCUCUUCUCGCCGGCCUAUUCCUUCCGGUGCUACCCACCCACCAAUCAGCAACGCUGAGCUUCCUGCUGCAAGGUCUCAAGAUGGGAAAAUGGAUGCCUUGAGGCAAAUCAGAAAGAAGAAACAAGAGUUGUACGAUCAGAUUGCCAUGACCGAACGAAGAUAUGACACGGGCCUUUGGGGGGAAGGCUUUCAGAACAGACAACUGCUCCAGCAUCUUUCUGUGCAAAUCGAACCUAAACCUAACGACCCUGUGUGGCGCUCAAACAGAAGAGCAAAAAGGAUAACGAAUGUUAUGAUGUUUACACUUGUUAGUUUAUCAACCUAUACGCUGGGGACUGAGUUGCUGGACUCACACAAAGAGGCAGGUGCACCAACUGGCAAGAUUGCUCCCGCUGUGAACAACCCAUAACAGUCAACUGGAGGACCAAGCAUAUUCUCCCUCCGUUCACAAUUACUUUGGUUCUAGGUUUAGUCAAAGUCAAACUCUUAAACUUUGACUAAAUAUUUACGAAAAAUAUUAACAUCUAUGAUACAAAAUUUAUUGCAUUAGAAUCAACGUAAAGUAUACUUUCGUAUUA